AUGUCGAGGGCCUCUGGCGCUUCCUUUCUGCUGGCGGAUGCUUCGGGGGUGGAACGUUUGGAAGCUAAGCUCGCGGAGAUUGCGAGCUUAGAAGCGUCAUUCGUGGCUGUGACAAUAACUUGUGCUCAGGGACUGUACUGUACUUGUGUGUACUUGUGCUUUUCGAAUGCCAUGAUCGGAUUACUCGUGCUUUUCAUGGGUUGAUCAGGAGAAGGUCUAUCAGGUUAGAUGCUGCUUAGCCCGUCAAUAAGCUUCCUGACGUUGUUCCUGACCCUCGCACGCUUUCGCUCUUACGUGUGUCUGUUGGUCGCAGGUCACAGAGUGUGCUGGAUCUAUUGCGUGUCCCGCCUGCCAAUGGAAGCAGACGAAGACCGACCUGCGUCUUCAUCUGCGCGCGAUGGUGACCCCAUCACGGCUACAGAACAACACACAAAAAGGGUAGGUACGGGGCAAGGAAGGCGAGAGGACGAGGGAAGAUACCGCAGUGCUUGUUUGUUCCCUAUUCACUCAUUCUCCACAGUUGCGAUCACUUCCCUCUCACCCUGACAGCGGCUGCAUGAGGGCCGCUGGCUCAUCUGAUGCACGUAUGCACGCCGAAGCAAAGGGACACCGCUCGCAUCCACUCGAAGAUUGACAGUGUCUGUUUCUUCCCCUCAGCUGACGAUAGCGACUUUGGGCUGCCGACGGUGCCAACCCGUCCAUCCAACCCUCGCCAAUCACCCGUACCAUCCCGCGCCCCUGCGCCCGCCUGCGGUCUUGGCAGUGGCACUGCGGCGCUGCCACCCAUCCACAGGUGGAGCCACUCGCUGCCUCCUCUUACCCAUCCGGAGGUAAAGCAUGAAUAAAUCGACCAAGGAGAUGCAGCUCUCCCCAUUCGUCUUUGUUACCGCUUGCAGGCCAUCGCGGCUUUUGGCAAUCCUUCGGACGAAGAGAGAGGAUGGACGGUUGGAGAACGGGUGCAGAUCGUGCUGGAGUUCCAGCAACGUGCGAAGGUGGAGGAUAUCACGAUGAAGGCUUUUGCGGCCGAGAAGGGCAUCACAUAUGACCAAAUGAAGAAGUGGUCCGCCUCUCAUCCGUCGGACCUGCUGGCAAGCAACAUGGAGAGGGAACGAAACAGGACAGCGAAGUAUCCAGAUGUUGAGAGGGAGGUGGCACAGUGGCUGAGUGGGCUUGCGUCCUUUCCCCCCAACAAGGAGAUCAAGGAGAGAGCAAGAGAGGUCGCGGGUCGACUGAAGGGGAACCAUGACGACGCGAGGGUCAGGGAGAGGUGUGCUGGCUUCACUGGGAGCGACGGCUGGCUGGAGGGGUUCUUGAAUCGCUACUCUGGCGGUGAGUCACCACACAACCGACACACUCUGCGUGAGCACACUGUUCGAGCCCACGCAUCACCUGAGUUCCCGGACACCUUCCCUGCAGACGGGACGAGGGCCAUCGCAUCGGCCGAGGACAAUCAUGAUGAUGAUCAAACACAGGUACGUGCAGGUAAAGAUCUUGUAUUGGUGAUCUGAGCAUGUCAUCUUUUCUGAAAGGUCGCUCACGGUGAUACGGCUGCAGCAGCUGCAGCCUUUCACGGUGAACCACAUCGUGAGGUGCGCAUACGCAGCUCCUUCGUAUCUGGUGCACACCUGGACAUGGGUUUGUGUUCCGCAGAUACCGACAGGACGGGCAACAGACGAUGUGGCAGCUGGUGGGCUGACGGCACACUCGCAUGACAGUGAGCAGCAGGAUAGACGCACAAGAGAGACGCGGCGGAAAAAGGCAUUGUGUUAUCAUGCAGAUGUGGAGCACUCAUGGUCGCUGCCAGGUGAGGGAGCAACCGAUGAAAAGACAUACAGUCAUAGCCUGUGUUGCGGCUACAGCCUUGCCGCCCUUGCCCCCCGUCCGUUUGCCGCCGCCGUCUCUGCCGUCGUCUCCUCCCGCCGUUUCCCUCCUGAGCCGAGCGACACGGCCGUCCCCACAGCAGGUGAAGAUGCACUCGCCGUUCUGCGCCACCAUUUGCGGCCGUGCCCACGUAUGAGUGCGCGUUCAGGUGUGCAUCGGGAGGGCUGGCGAGGUGGCGAUUGGCGAGCGGCUGCAGCUGGUGGAUGAAUUUCAGAGGCGCAAGCAAGGCGGCGAGGCCAUCUCGAUGGCCCAAUUUGCGCAGGAGAAGCACCUCAGUGAAAAUAAAUUCAAGAACUGGUUUCGUGCCAUCAAGCAGCAGCGGGAGGACGGCAGGGAAUUCGUCGAUCCGGAAAGGAAGCGCAACAGGCAGCCCAGGUACCGGGAAAUUGAGGACGAGUUGCGUCAGUGGAUGGCAGGCCAUGAUGACCCUACGAGCAUCCCCUCGAAGGACAUGAAGGCCAAAGCAUUAGAGGUCGCCGAUCGGCUGGUUACCAGUGGCUUCGUUGGCUUCCGUGGCUUCAAGGCCAGCGAUACAUGGAUCAGUGCAUUCAGAAGACGAUACCAGCAGGUAGGAAAGAUGACAGGCAAGCACGACAAGAGAUUCGUGAUGGUCUUCGAUUCACGUUUUCGAGGCCGCCGCCCCUCCUCGCCCUCCCCCUCCCCCAACCCACCCACCUCACCCCCAUUCCGUGCCCAUUCCCCUCACCGACCAGCCAGGGCGACCCAUGUCUUCUGCUGCCGCCUCUCCUCCAAGCGCCGUCGGGUUGGCGAUAGCAGUGAGACACGACGGCGUAACACACACUGGUGACAGCAAUCAGCAGUCUCAGCCGUCAGCAGCCACUGAGCAGGUUGUCAUACCGGCUCCUCUCCCUUCUCCAGCGCCCCCAAUGCAUCCCCCCCACCCCCACCCCUUGCCCACGCCCCUCUGGGUCAGGACACGCAUAGAUGGACCAAGUGGUGUCUUGCAGGACCAAGUGGUUGACGAGGCAGCUGCGGUGCGAAUGGCAGAUGGAUUCAUCAGCCGUGACAGCAAUCAGCCGCUCGACCAGCAAUCGCAGCACUCGUGGCCCAACACCAUGACCGUAAGCAAGCAAAGAGAGCUCACUCAUCUCUUCGCGAAGGGGCAUUGCCUCUGA